UGCUCCUCACAGGCACGUGGUUAUCUUGCUUUCUACUGAUCGCACAAGGAAGUAUUUACAUUUAUAUUAAUCGCACCGCCGUUAGUAGUAAUGUCUCAGAUUCAGGCACGGUUCUUCACUCAGAAUAAGAAGUAUGAAAUAGACGAUGUUCCUUUUUCUAUCCCAGCUGCCUCAGAAACUGCAGAUCUCAGUGGUGUCAUUAAUAAGCUGCUCAAAGCAAAAAAUGAUGACCAUACACAUGUGGAGUUUGACUUUCUUGUUAAGAGUCAAUUCCUACGGAUGCCUCUUAUUAAGCAUAUGGAUGCCGAAGGAAUAUCUACAGAAGAGGUGGUUGAAAUUGAGUAUGUGGAAAAAUUUACAGCUCCUCAGCCUGAAGAAUGCAUGCUUCAUGAUGACUGGAUCAGCUCCAUCGCAGCAACAGAGGAAUGGAUUCUUACCGGUUCUUAUGAUAAGACUGCUCGGAUUUGGUCAUUAGAGGGAAAACCAAUUAUGACUAUCUCUGGACACAAUGAUGUUGUCAAGGAUGUGGCAUGGGUUAAAAAAGACAGCCUAUCUUGCCUGCUCUUGAGUGCUUCAAUGGAUCAAACUAUUCUCUUGUGGGAGUGGAAUUCUGAACGGAACAAGGUGAAAGCCCUUCACUGCUGUAGGGGACAUGCAGGCAGCGUUGACGCCGUAGCUGUGGAUGGAUCAGGAACAAAAUUCUGCAGUGGAUCGUGGGAUAAGAUGCUGAAAAUCUGGUCAGCAGUUCCAUCUGAGGAAGAAGAUGAAGUUGAAGAGACCCCAAACCGUCCUAGAAAGAAACAAAAAACGGAACAGUUGGGACUAACGAGGACACCUAUAUUUACUGUCUCUGGACAUACGGAAGCCAUUUCUUCUGUACUCUGGUCAGAUGCAGAUGAGAUCUGCAGUGCAUCAUGGGAUCAUACAAUCAAAGUUUGGGACAUUGAGACAGGGAGCAAUAAAUCCACAUUGACAGGAAAUAAAGUAUUUAACUGCAUAUCCUACUCACCACUAUGCAAACGGCUUGCUUCUGGAAGUACAGACAGGCAUAUCCGUCUUUGGGAUCCACGAACCAAAGAUGGUUCCCUGGUCUUCCUGUCCCUGACAUCACACACAGGCUGGGUCACCUCUGUAAAGUGGUCUCCUUCUCAUGAACAGCAACUUGUUUCAGGAUCUCUUGACAAUAUUGUGAAAUUGUGGGACACCAGAAGUUGUAAAGCUCCCCUUUAUGAUCUAGCCGCUCAUGAAGACAAGGUGUUAAGUGUUGAAUGGACAAAUGAUGCGUUGAUAUUGAGCGGAGGAGCAGACAACAAGCUUUAUUCAUACAGAUAUACUGGAACAGCUUCAGACGCUGGAGCAUGAAAAUAGAGCAAUGGAUUUAUCUGCAUUGACCCUGGAAAGUGAUUUAUUGAUGUUACCAGCACUAAUUCUAGUGGCAAUGCCUAGAAAUGUGUUAUUUGUCUUAUUAUUGAAUAUUAUUUGUAUUUAACAAAUGGCAACAUUCCCUUAUGUCAAUGAAAGAAUGUAUUUGUUUUAGGCAUCUUAUUGUAUCUAAAAGGCAAUUCAUUUGCUUAGUAAAUUGAAAACAAGUCCUUUUCAUUUUUUUCCCCCCUUCUAUAAAGGAACAUAGUUUGGUGUAAAAUAAAUACUAUAUAUGAAUUGCAUGGUAAGAAAAAAAAAAAAGAAUCAUACACUUUGCAAUUCAUUGACUAGGUAGGCACAGCUUAAUAUCAGUCUGAAAUUGACCAGCGAUCUACUGUAGGCAGCACUAUUAUUAUUUUUUUACAGCAGUGGGUGGGGAGUAACGUUUUAUGAAUUCUGUCAGCAGUAAAAUGUGUAGUAAUUUUGGAGUAUCUAGAGGCGAGCUCUGUAGUGACUUCCCACACCAGUGCUUGUGACAGGAGUCUUUCACGGAAGUAAAAAAGAGUUAACCCCGUCCUAAAAUACAAAUAAUUAUUAAGACAAGUGAUUGUUGCGUCUUGCAAUUGUAAUACACCUUUGUGGGUGUGAUUCUUUACUAUAUAAUUAAAUCAACUUCUAGCUUUGCAUUUUAUAUUAUGGAAGUUGGCCUAUGUUUUGGACUUCUUUAUAAAACAGCUAUUUUAUAUGUG